UACCCUAUUUGGCUAUUUUCCUCCCAAAUUUACAUUUUGCAGCACUUCCUGUAACUCCAGAUCCUUCUUCACUUCCUCAGAUUCCCGGAAAAUUAUUACGUCCAGAGCCACAACGGCUUCUCUCUCCUUCUAGAUGCAGAAGAAUGAGCGAGGGAGCUCUUCUUCUGCCUUCUCCUAUCUGUUCGCCUCGACCAAUCUCAUUCGUUUCAAGGAAGCGGAGGACAUGCUUGGGAGCAAGGGCGACGGCCGAUCGGAAGAGAGCGAAUCUCGUGGCCCAGAGGAAGGAGAGAGUGAAGCUUCCGAAGUACAUGGACGGCUAUGGUAGGUCGCUCUCUAUUAGUGAAUUCCUCAAUCACCAAUCGGGAGUGGAGGCCUUGCUCAACAUCAGGGCAUUGCAGGGUUUCGAAUCGAUCGGCUUCAAUACCUAUAGGUGUACUAUGCAUAAGAUUCAGUUUAUGAUGUUUGAGGUUGCACCAGUGCUGGUCUUGAGAGUGAUUCCUACGAGUGAGGACUGCACCGUUGAGUUGUUGUCCUGCAAGUUCGAGGGUCCAGAAUAUAUAGAGAAACAAAAUAAUCUUUUCUCAGCUUCUAUGAGAAACCAUAUAACAUGGGAGAUGGACGGUUCUAAGCCGUGUUUGGAUGUUAAUGUGAAUCUGAGCGUAUCACUUGAGGUGUAUACAAUGCCAUUCAACUUGCUUCCAAUAUCAGCAGUGGAGAAACCUGGAACCUUGGUUAUGCAAGGUCUUAUUGACAGGCUAGUCCCCCUGCUUGCAGAGCAGUUGCUUAAUGAUUAUGCAUCUUGGGUUGAUAAGCAGCUUCAACACUUUUCUUAGGUGGGACUAAACGCAAGCAAACCUUUUUUUUUUUACUAUUAUUCUUUUUUUUCUGAAAUUGGGAGGCUAUCUUUGAUGUUUCCUGUAAUAAACAUUAUCCAAUAUUGUUAUAAAACUCAUAAAUGAUAUGUUGCUCUUAUUUUGAGAUUUUUUUUGUU